AUGGACGCCGUCGACGCGCUGCUCAGUCAGAGCGUUUUGAAACCUGGUUUCCAAAAAAAUUACAAGGUACCAGUAAACGAAAAGAGCUCAAAGAUCAUCAAAAGAAUUAAAAAGAAAGAAGAAGCAAAGACUAAAGGCAAAGGUUGGUUUAAUUUGCCAGCAACUAAAUUGACAGACAAUAUUCGACAUGAUCUUGACUUAAUUCGUAUGAGAUCAGCACUAGAUACUAAACGUUUUUAUAAAAAGAAUGAAACUGAAGCAUAUCCCAAAUAUUUCCAAGUUGGUACUGUUGUAGAUUCACCAUUAGAGUGUAAAUCUGGCCGUCUCACUAACAAAGAACGGAAACGUACAAUGGUUGAUGAACUUUUAGCAGAUGCCGAGUUCAAACAAACAACUAAAAAACGUUACAAGAAUAUAUUAAUGGCCAAUCCUAAAUUGGCAUCUAAAAUAAGAAAAGAAAAUAGGAAAAUGAAUAAACUUAAAAAGAAAAGAAAAUAA